AUGAAGCUUCUCGCAGGCUUGCUGCUGGCCACCUGCGCCGUGGCACUGGCGUCCAUGGCCGAGGCCAGCGCCGGGCCGGAUUACUUCAAGUGCUACCAGCUGCCGCACUGCCACGCGCAGAACGGCCUGAAAGAUUGCGGCUGGUGCUACAACCACAACCACCCCAACAAGGGCUACGGCAUCCCCUGCGAGAGAGUUUCCGACGGGGAGUGCCGGCCCGUGAUGAGCUGCGACGGCGAGUACCUCUGGCAGGACAGCAAGAUGGACACCUACGGCGACAAGUGCAACAGGCGGGCGGUGAUCAACAACGACAGAUGCAGGAACCUUAGGUACUGCUGGGACCAAGUGGGCAUCGACGAGUGCGGCUGGUGCCACGUGAGGGACCACCCCGACGGCGGCUGGGGCAUCCCGUGCGAAAGGAGGGGUUUUACAGGGAGAUGUGAGCCGGUGGCCCACUUCCCCGGGGAGUACCUCUGGAGGGACUCAGAGUGA